AAUAGAUCACCAUACACUACAGUUUACUGGCAAGCAGCCCAUAAUACCCGCUAUGUCGGUUGCGUAGGCAGGUAGACGAUCGGCAACGCAUCGCCCCUAUGUUGUUCGCCAUAAUCUUUGGUGCAGCUGCACGACUGCUAGUUGCUUGGAGCGGGCUGGGGCGAUGGCUGGCGUGGCGCAUUGAGGUCUCAACCGCACCUAACAGCAACUUAGAGCUUCGCGAAGGCUUGGCGCUAUACCGUUUGGGCGUCUCGCCUUACAGCGGGUCUUCCUGUCGCAUUCCGCCCCUUGCAUUAUGGCUGUACGGCCCGCUGGCUGACCAUGACAUCUUGUACGUGCUUACAAACACCAUCCUGGACAUCCUGGCGGCAGUCCUGCUAUAUCGCCUAGCCUCGCAGCUGCUGUCCUCGGCCCGUGCGUCUCAAGCCCACAGCCCCGCCUCCAGCCCUGCUUCCACACCUCCCUCCGGUCCUUCAUCUCCACUGCCGGCUCUCCUCGCCUGGACCUACCUCCUCAACCCGCUAUCUCUAGCCACUGCAACCGCCGGCACCACCUCCUCCCUGGAGUCCCUGGCAGUGGUGGCGGCGUUGUACGGCAGUGCUACUGCUAAUGACAGCAGCAUUACUAAUAACGGCACCCGUACGACAGCAGCAGCAGGAGGUACCGGUAGCUCAGCUAUCGUACAAUACCACCGGCAGGGAGACAGCAGCCGUACAGCACCAGUGGUGGCGGCGCUGCUAGGUCUCGCGGUGGCGGUGUACUGCUCCCUGCACAAUGUCGUACUGCUGCUCCCCGUGGCCUGCUUGCUGUCGUACGGGGCUGAGGACGUGGCCGCUCCGCUGGCACAGCUGCUGACCAACCGCCAGACGCCUCAACCGCAACCGCAACGGUCGCAACCGCGGCAACAGCAGCAGCCGCCGUCACUAUCCGCAACGGGCGGCUCUGGGCAGGAAGACAGAGAGGAAUGCAAGGCGGAGAGAGAAGGAAACGUUGAGCGGGCGGAUCGGGAGGUGCGGGUGUUGGAGGAGAAAGAAGGUCAUGGGGUUGACCAGCAGGGGCCACAAGCGGCGGAGACGCCUGCUGCCGUUCCUUCCUCGCAGCUGCCGUCACCUUCUCCAGCCUCAUCUCCGUAUUCGCGGCAGCACCUACUGCCCUGGCGUACCCUGGCACGUUGUACGGCAGUGCUAGCCGCCUGGCUGCUACUGCUGGUGCUGCUAUCGGACCUCUACCUAACCCCGUUCAUGCCCUGGCCACCUCUAUCCCCACCGCAUUUGUCUGAGGUAGCGGCGCCCGCCAGUGCGACUGCGACUGCUGCUGCUGUCGGCGGCGGUGGCGGUGGUGGUGACAGCAGCGGCGGGCCCUGCCUCCCCGCUGCCGCGCAAGCGUUGACCCUCCUCGCCGCCAGAAGGCCGCAAUGGCAGUACUGGCCGUCGACCUCGCUGUUGCGAAGACUCUAUGGCAGCGUUUGGGCUUGGGCUUGGGUACCACCAGCCGCAGCAGCAACCCCAAACGAGGAUGCAAUGGCCUCCAUGACCCAUGGGUCGUCGCUGCUGUCGUCAUCCGCAUUGGCCACAUGCUGGAUCCCUCGGGUGUACGGCAGUCAGGUGUCGUACGACGACGCGACGCCCAAUGUGGGGCAGUGGUGGUACCUGGCGAUGGAGGGCUUCGAGGAUACCAAGCCCUACGUCAUCCUCCUCGCCCUCUCCCUCCUCCUGGCGCCAGCCGCGCCCCUGGCCUUCCGCCUCGGCCCUCGCCGCCCCCUCGCCCUCUUCCUCAUCCAACUCCUCUGCAUCUCCCUCCUCAAACCCUACCCCUCCGUGGCUGAUCUGGGGCUCUUCCUCUCCCUGCUACCACUACUUGUACGACAACAGCUCGCCCUGCCUGCCGUACAAGAGCGGUUGCUACUGCUUCCAGCCAGUUUGCUGUUGCUUGCCGUACUGGGACCCGCCAUGCAGCGCAUGUGGUUGUCGUACGAGAGCGCAAACAGCAACUUUUACUACUCCAUUACGUUAUGUUACGGCGCAUGGCAGGUGGUGGUGUUAGGGCUGUUGCUUGAAGGGACGUUGCGGAUAGACCGAAUGAUGCGGGGGAAGGAGGAGGUGGUAAGCGGCAGCACGUGAGGGGCCAUGGUCGGAACUUACUUGCUGCGUUUCUGAAUCGGUACUGAUGUUUUUGACCUCCUGGCUCGUACGGGAACAUUGAGCGCACGUACAGACUUCAACUGUGACUGCAUUUCCAGUCGAGCCCCUCCACACAAGCUCCAUACCACUUGGCAAAGCUACACAAGCUUUCCAGACAACACUCGUCCCUCAGACCUGCUCAUAACGCCCUUCGUUGCA